CUGCGUGCGUGCGGUCUAACGGUAAACGGAGCGGAGCUCGUUGUGAGAGCGAGAGAGCGCGCUCGUGUGUGUGUGUGAAAGAGAGUGAGUGUGUGUGUGUGCGAGCCAGACGGAGACCGAGGCGGAGACAGAGAUAGUCCAGGAGAUAAAUCUAGAGAAGCGUUAAAGCGAAUAAACUGCAAGCGGAGGAGAAAUCACUUACAUGUUAUUUUAGUUUUUGUUUUUUGAGUGCAAGCUAAUGCAAAAUUAAUAAGCCAAGGCGACAAGUAAUUCUCUCAGAGACACACACACACACACACAGGAUUUUUUUUUGGGAACGCGAUGAUGGAGCAAAGUGUGCGAAAACAGACAGCAGCGACGACGACAACGACGACGAACAGGAACAGGACUGCCGGCGGCAUAGAAGCCCCGAGCAUAGCCAAUGCCAACGCCACAUCCACAGCAGCUGCAGCAGCAUCCUGCCCAACAUCCGCCUCCGCAUCCACCUCCUCCUCCUCGUCAUCGUCGGUGUCAUCGGCCACCUGUUCGGCGACCAUCGUUCAGGCAAAGCAGCGGCCGCCGCCCCUGAAAACGGCCACGACAACGGUGACCACCACAUUGGUGAGCAGCAGCGAAGGCGGCCAGCCGCUGCCGCCAUCCGUUGGAGGUGGCACUGGCGGCCCAGGUGGAGGAGGAGGAGGUGGUGGUCAUGCUGGUGGCCCAGGAGCCAGUUAUCGAGGCGCUGCCACUUUGACCACACCCUCCACGCCCAGGAUCGAGCUGAGUAGGGCCUCCAGUUCGUCGCAUCACGAGGAGGAUAGCCGGGAGAGCAGUCCGGAGAAUGUAUUCGAGCAGGUCGGCACUGGCACCCUACAGGAAACGAUUGGCCUUGGCUUCCGGGAGGAGGGCGCCCUCGAGCUGCGCAGCUCCACCGAGGAGCUAUACUUCAUGGAUCCCGAGCAAAAGAAGGAGGAACAGGAGCGCAUUCAGCAGCAGCAGCAGCAGGCCAAACGCUCGUCGCCGCACAUCUUCAAGUUCGAUGACCACCAGAGCUACCUGCAGCAGCACCAGCGCAAGGACUCGGCCAGCUCUGAGGUGGCCGCCCUGCUCUGCAUCUCCGGCCGCACCAGUCGCAUCUCCAGCGUGGGCAGCCAGGGAUCAGCAGUUAGCCGCUUGUCGGCGGUUUCUGGAGUCUCACGAUCCCCGUCGCCCCACCGCAUGCUCCUGGAGACCUCCUUCUGCGGCCCCAAGCCCAUGGAGCUGGUGGGCACCGGCGGCGGUGGCGGAGGAACUGGCAGUAGCGCCUCAACGGCGGCCAGCUCGACGCACAGCCAAGCGGAGGGUGGAAUGCCGGGUGCUGGCACUGUGGCGGCCAAUGCCGCUCUCCUGGAGCAGCUGCUGCUGGCACGCAAGCAUGAUCCCACACAGGCAGUGCUGGCCGAGGGUAUCAAGGUGCUGCCACCGGCUCCAGGUGCUGCCACCUCCUCCUCCUCCGCUGCCGCCAGUCGUCGGAGCAGGCAGCAUAAUGGUGAGAAGGAGAAGCCCAGUCCAGCCAGCACAUUGACCAUGGGUGCGCAGCGUCGGAGCACCAAGAGUCCAGGACAAAUGGUGGUGGGCAAGACGGCCAGUGGCACGGAGUACAUAAGGAUAAAUCUUCGUCCGGAUCACAUGUACAGCGACAAGGGCAUAGCGGCCAACGAAAGGGUGGUGGAGGCGCCCAACCAACUGGCUCCAGUGUACUCAAAGCCAGCCUCUUUGAGUUUGCAAGGAGGAGGAGGAGCAUCAGCUCCUCUGGAGGAUCAUCAUCGCCUCACACCCACAGCUAGUCCCAAGCCGGGACGCCGCCUCAAUAGUCGCUCACCCUCACCGGCCACUGGCGGUGGUGGUGGUCCCGUUUCCCGCAAAAGCUCCUUUAGCUCGCUGUUCCGUCUGGGCAAGGACUCGCCAGAUUCACCCAGAGAUUCGGCCAGGUCGCGCAGCAAAAGCAAGGAGCGUCCAGCCACAGCCUCAGGCUGCUCAACAGGAGGAUCAGGCACUGGCGGUGGCUCUCAGAAUGUCACGCCCAGCAAACAAAAGUCCGUGUUGGCCAUCUUUAAGCCUGGCAAACGGGGCAGCCAGAGCAGCAAGAGCUCCUCGCCCAUAGAGUCCAACCAAAUGGAUGCAGUACCACCACCACCGCCGCCAGCACCAGGCUCUCACAAUAGGACACCAGCUGGGUCACGACCUGGCAGUAGGUUGCGCUACUACGAUGAGCCCGUGGAGGGCUACAUACACAUACCACUUCACACGCCGCCCGACGAACGGGAGGCUCGAUCCCUGCUGCAGGGCAUCCAGCAGUUGGCACAUGCCGCCCAGGCCAGCAUGGAUCCAUCGCCGCUUCCCACCCACCGAGCUGUGGUCAGGGGGACAGAGGGGCAGGGACAGGGACAGGGAGGUACUCCCCAGGGCACCCAGAUCACGGCCAUCCAACUGGCCGCAGCAGCUGCUGCCCUGCGUCCGGUGGCCCAAAGGACCAAGGUGGCCCAGCGACCCGAUCUUGAUGCCAUACAAUCGCUGCCCAGUCAAGAGGAUCCACCGGGGCUAGGUCCAGGGGAACUCCAACAAAUCCAGGCGGUCCAAGCCAACUGGAGUUUGGAGGUGCAGCGUCACACAAGCAGCUCUCAGGAUUCCCAGGAGACCACAGCCGAAUCGGUGGUCAGUUCGGUGGUCAGUGCCCGGGCGGCCAAUCUGGCACAGCAGAGGGAUCAAGCGGUGACAUCAUCCUCGGAGAUGCAGCGUCUGCCCUCCGUGGAGAGCACACAGAGUGCCUGCGAACCCAGGCUGGUGCACACGGUGGCCACUGUGAAUGCCAAUCCCAAUCCAGAUCUGGAAACAGCGGCAGCCAAGGAGCGCCGACGCCUGCUGUUUGCCACCCGCUUGGGCUCGGGCAGCCAGGAGCAGCUUUUUUCUACACAAUUUAGCAUCUCCAAGACGGAGAGCCAGUCUAGCCAGCUGUCGGAGCAGGUGGAUCACUCGGGGGGCAGUACUCCAGCCACCACGUCAACGUCUAUGGUUACGGGUGUGGGGGGUGUGACCAUGGCAGAUGGUCUGCAGCGGCAGGGAACGGUCAUUAGGCGGGUGGAGCCGGUGGUGCCGCCUCCACCACCUCCUAGGGGAGUGGGUAUUUGUAGCUCCGAGGAAGAGCAGCAGGAGAAGCACCAGGAGAAGCAGGAGAAGUACCAGGAAAAGCACCAGGAGAAGCACCAGGGAACCAGCCAAGUGGUGAUGCGAACCAAGCACAAAUCCCGUCCCAGUUCCGAGGAUGAGGCCCCACCACCACCGGCGGAUCUUCGCCACUCUCGCUACCUGGAGAACUUUGAUGUGCGCCGAAAGCUCCAUGAGAAUCUGCCAGACGCCACGGAGGAGGCUCCCGCCCAGGCUAUCAUUCCCAGGAAGCCCAAGCGCCAGAGUAUACCCGAAUCCAGCAGGCGUGAAACCCCGCCCAGCUAUAGUUCCGGCACAGUAACGCCCACCACGCCCACGCCCACGACAGCGGCCCAGCGGCCAUCUCCAACUUCCAACACAGUGGCGGCUCCUCCUCCUCCUCCUCAUCCAGUUGCUGCUGAGCUAAGCUCUUCCUCCUACAGAGAUGCACCCACCACCAGCUGCUACAAGGAUCCCCUGACCUCCGCCUCAGCCACACCCACACCCACACCCACGCCAGAUCCCAUGCUGAUCUCUCCACCGCCCGAGCGUCGUCACUCUCAAUCCACGGAUGAGCAUGAGCCAGUGGAAUCGUCGGAGAGUGAAAGGGAUUCGGAUAUGGCGGCCAGUUCAUCGGUGACAACAGCCGUGCCCGCUGGCGGGGAUUUGGCGGGGAGCAAGCGGCAUCAUCACAACUUUCCACGCAAUGUGUGCGUCAUCGAGGAGCACGAAAGCACCGGUUUGGUGUCCCAGGAAUCCUUUGACGACGAGCUGCCCUACAUACCCACCACGCUGCCCGAGGAGCGGGCUCAGGGCGUGCCCCUCAUCCCAAUGAGAGAGCGGGCCAAUAUGGAGCUAAAGACAUGUCCUGUGGACAGGCCGCGCUCCACCACGCCCCUGAAUCCCUCGCAUUUGGAGGAGUAUUGCACGGGGAUUAUGAUGCCGCAGGAGGAAAUGGAUGGUUUAGGAGCAGGAACAGGAGCUGGCACCAUAAUGAGUGCUGCUUUGGGCAAUGGAGCAGCCGGAGGAGGUGGUGGUGUCGGAGGAGGUAUAGUGGGCCCGGGAGGACCUCCUGUGCGUGGCGAAAAGCUAAGGAUAAGUCUGCCACGCAAGGAAUCCUUGGGCAAGGAGCGCAUCCAGAGCUCCAAGUCACCGCGUCGCGUGUCCAAUGCCAGCGGCAAAUCCUGGUUUGAGUUUGCCGAGGAGGGACUCCGGGCCAAUAACAACCUGGAGCGCAAGGAUUCAGCCAAGCAGCUGCUCCCAGUGGUGACGCCACCACCUCAAGUGCAAAACCAGUCUCCCAGGACGCCCUCUGCGAACCUGGAGGAGCCCAAACCGAAGGCCUCCACACAGCGCAAGCUGUCUGGUCACUGGAUUGACUUUGAGAAUAUACCGGAGAAGCGGAAGCCGGCCAAGCGGAUCACCACGCUGCCCAAGGAAACGCUGGCCAGCAGCAACAGCAACCGCAGUGAUGUCACCGGUGUGGCCGCCACCACCAGUUCCUCAUCCGCCUGUGGUAGCCACCAUCGUUCCGGCUCUGGCCACCACCAUCACCACCAUCAUCACCAGAACCAGCAGCAGCAGCAUCAGCACCAGCACCAGAGCAAGACCACCACGGAGGGCGGCGACAAGCUGCACUACAACUACGUCAAGCCGGAGGAUUGCCAGUGCGAGUGCCAUGAGGCGGAGCGCGUGGAGUCUGGGGCGGGGGAUACCAGCACGGGCACGGGCACAGGCACUGAAACGGGUCCCAGCACGGGCACUGGCACCGGCAGCGAGUCCCUGGCCUCGGUGGAGCUGCUGCAGCAUGGCGAGGACAUGUUGCCCCUGCUGGAACCGGAAGCCACGCAGGCGGAUGGCCGGAUCUAUGGCGACGAGGAUCAGAUGGCGGUGCAUCACAGUGGCAACAACAAGGGUGGCGUUAUUAAUAGGCACGAUGAGUUCCCACGCCGCGACACUGGCUCGAGUCCUCGCACUCGCAAAUUCCCCGAUAGAAAGUAAGCUGUCAUAAUGAUCUCCAGGAAAAAAAAAAGACAAACAAAAAAAUAGGAAAACCAGAAACCUAUCUCUAUAUGUAAGUGGCGUCACUAAGCUAAGGGCCCUCCUUCCUGGCCUAUAUCCUUAAUGUACCUCAAGCCGAGUGGUUGUUAAACGUGCGGAAGCGGAAGUGCAAUCGAAAGCGGAAGUGGAAGCGGUAGCAGGGCUGCAAUGAUGCGUCGUCGUAUACACUCACACUUUCGACUCGAUUAGUUAAACUCAAUACUGAAAUACAUAAACAUACGAUAACGAUAACGAUAACGAUUAAUGCUAACGAUAACGAUAAAUAUGCAUACGAUACUCGACUCGAUACAUACAGCUGUGUUCACGGAAAUAGCAGUGCCCCACGACCUGCACGUUUAAGAUUGGAAAAUACUAUUACAAACACUAUUUUCAU